AUCAUCAAUAAUUCUGCUCCGUCUGUCACGAGUCGUCGCAGGUGGACGCGAAGGUAAAACAUAAUCUCAAAAGAAUCGUGAAUAAAUCAUGAGGAUUUCCCGCAGAAAAAACAAAUCUGCAGAAUUAAUUUGAAUGAAUCUCGCAAGCGUUGAAAAAAAAUCUGGAAAAUUUAAUAUACCAAUUUGAAAAACAUACUCCAAAUGAAAUUUCCCUGAAGAAUUAAAAUCUUCUGGAUGGAAUCGUAAAUUGUCCGUAAUUAUCCUCGAAUUUUUCAGUCCGCGGAUGAUCGCGCGUUGUAGAACGCGUGUCAGCGCACGUGUUAUCAAUUGGACGGGUGCCUUCGAAAUAAUAAAAUGAUAUUUCCCCGUUGUCCGGAAGAAUGUUGUGUUUGUGUGGUUAUCUCGUUGCGCGUCGUUGACCUCCAACUAUUCAUGAAGAAGUCUCGAAUAGUCGCUAUCCGAGCGACUGAACACUCGAUUGUUCUCGAUGAGCAAAUAAGACGAUAGUGACACACAUAAUGCCCCUGUACGCAAUGCCAAUUAAUUAAUAUGUGCGUCAAUCGUUGUAUUUUUAAACCCCGAAGAAGAAGGAAGUGUCGAGAUGAAGAGGUAGUAGUUGAGUUUAGAGGCCCCAAUGUAAAUCACAUAACACCUCACUUUAGCGUCAAGUGAUGGUACAUACGUGGAUGCUGUACAUGAGGAGAAUUGAGCUCAGUAUAUUGGGCAUUAUCAGAGGCAUUCAAUGUAAUGAUCAUCAUCUGUACUGAUCAUUUGUACUGAUCAUUUUUUUCACAAUCGUCUGCUCCUGAAUUUUUCAACUCACUCCAGUUAUUUUUAAUCGCUUACUGUUUUUGCGUCUCUACCAUUUGCCAUGGGUAAUUUAUUUAAUUAAUUAACCGAUGGGGCCUUCAAACAUCGGAUGUGGGGCGUGAUUGUGAGAGUCCUAUCGAAUUCUCUGGGGCUUCUACGUGAAUUAAUUCGAGUUAUGGUGCAGCGCAGUUAUCGUGUGAUAUCCGAAGUAAACGAUCCGGAGAGUAAUGACAGGGGCUCCAGCAUCAUGGAGCAGGAUAAUUCCAGUUGGUUUAAUAGAGAGUGCGGAGAAAAAAAAUCGUCCAAGGAGAGACGACUUGUGAUCGUUGUUGGUUUGUUAGUGGUAGCUGUGAUUGCUCUUGUCGCAACGCUCUGUCUUCAGACGAUUUUUAAUGCAAGGGGAGAGGAACCGGAAAUGUGUCAGAGCGAGAAUUGCAUAGGAACAGCUGCGAGAAUGAUCGAGGGAAUGAACAGAACGGUAGAUCCUUGUGAAGAUUUUUACAAAUUCGCGUGCUCGGGGUGGAUCACAAGGCAUCCGAUUCCACAGAGUCAAACCUCGUGGGACCAAUUGAGUCUUCUACGGGAGGAACUUCUGCAGAAUCUCAGGGUCCUCCUCGAGGAGCCCGAUCUCCCCGAUGAUUUACGUCCUGUCAAGCUGGCGAGGUCUCUCUACAGGACUUGCAUGGAUAUUGAGAGUGUUGAAAAACUAGGACUGAAACCGAUUUUUGAGAUUCUCUCUCGAGUCGGUUUAUCACCGGAGCCUCCAUCGUUGAAUGCUCUGGAAAAUGACACUGAGAUUGACCUAGAUGUAUCAAGAAUAGCGGGAGUGGCCCAGAGACACUUGGGUCUUAAUCUUUUCGUGAAUUUUUAUAUAAGCGAGGACGUUCGCGACACGACUCAAAAUCGGAUGAUGAUGGAGCAGGUCUCACCGGGAUUUAGUGAACGCUAUCUCACAGAUCCCAAUAGAUUCAAAUCAGAACUAAUGGAGUACAAGCGUUACAUCAAAGAAAUGGUGGAACUAGCAGGCGUAACUCCUGAAAAUAGUCCAGCAUUUGCCGAGGAGAUUCUCGAGUUCAGUACAAAAAUAGCGAAGACAAUGGCAACGCCGGAGGAGAGGAGAAGCUCAAAUCAUUUGCUCCAUGACGUGACUGUCAGUGACCUUCAGGCACUGACUGAUGCACUUGCAAUGAGAUGGAACUGGACAGAGUAUCUCGAGGCCGUCUUCGAGAAUACUGAUGUUAUUUUGGACACUGAUGUGGACAAGGUUAUUAUUAUGGAUCUGGAUUAUCUGCAGAAGCUACCUUGGCUGUUGAGCACUACCAAUUCAGCCACUAUUGCGCGAUUCGUCUGGUGGAGUGUCUACUCGACCGUGGCACCCCUGACCCUGCAAAAAUUCCGGGAUUUGGGCUUUCAGUUCUCCCAGAAGGUCUUCGGACUGAAGGAGAAGACUCCGAGGUGGAAGGGCUGCACCGGAAAUGUCAAUUCAAAUUUUGGAAUGGCAUUGACCAAUCUCUACGUCCAGAAGCAUUUCAAUGGCCAGGCGAAGGAAAAGGCACUGGAGAUGUUCCUGGACAUACGAGCGGCUUUUGACGAGAUGGUGUCAGAGCUCAAGUGGAUGGACGCUGGGACUAGAGCUAGAGCCCACAGAAAGCUCUACGCAAUGAGACCGUUCGUGGGAUUUCCCCAGUGGGUGACCGAUCAUGAGAAAUUGGAAAAAUAUUACGAGGGGGCUGAAGUCAUCCCUGGACAACUCUUUGAUACAUUCCUGAGACUGACAGACGUCGGUGCAAAAAAAACAUUGAACAGUUUGAGGGAAAAACCUGAUAAGGACAGGUGGAUAUCCACAGGAACGACAGUCAAUGCUUUUUAUAGUGCAAUAUUGAAUUCUGUCACCUUUCCAGCGGGUAUCCUACACCCUCCGUUUUACGGGAACGGCCUGGAAUCUAUAAAUUAUGGAGCGAUGGGUGCGAUUAUGGGACACGAACUCACUCAUGGAUUUGACGAUCAAGGACGCAGAUACGACGAGAACGGUAAUCUCCGUCAAUGGUGGAGCGACGAGACACUCCGGCAUUAUCACGAGAAAGUCGAGUGUAUCAUCAAGCAGUACAGUAACUAUCAUUUGCCGGAACUGAGUAACAAUUUCACGAUUAAUGGAAUCAAUACGCAGAGCGAAAAUAUCGCUGAUAAUGGAGGGAUAAGGGAGGCGUACAGGGCGUAUCAGAGGCUCAAGUCCAGGGGCCUGAGGAAACAGGCAUUGCCCGGGCUGUCUGAAUACACCCAGGAUCAGCUGUUCUUUCUGGGAUUCGCUCAAGUGUGGUGUGGAAAUUAUACAAAUGGGGCUUUAAAGUCGAAACUCAUCGAGGGGGCACAUGCACCCAAUCAUUUCAGGGUUAUUGGAACACUCUCUAAUAAUCAGGAAUUCUCCAGGGCCUGGAAUUGCCCACUUGGGAGUUCUAUGAAUCCACCGCACAAAUGUAUACUUUGGUGAAAUAAAUACCGGCGUGAACAACAAAAUUUUGAUUUUCAGAAA